AUGGCUGCCGAGUGGUUGAGCUUCACUGUUCGCCGGAGGGAGGCGGUGCUCGUCGCCCCCGCCGAGCCCACUCCACACGAGUUCAAGGAGCUUGCGGACGUCGAUUUCCAGGGUACGACGCGACUGCAGAUUAGUGGAAUCUGGUUUUACCGAGGCAAUAUGGGAAUGGGUGUGGGGGCCGACCCGGCGAGGGUCAUCAAGGAGGCCCUCUCCAAGGCGCUGGUCUUCUACUAUCCCUUCGCUGGUCGCAUCCGCGGAGGGGUCGAUGGGAGGAGGCCGGUGGUGGAGUGCACCGGCGAGGGUGUCCUCCUCGCGGAGGCCGACGCCGACAUCCGACUGGACCAGUUCGGCGACGCCCUGCUGCCACCGAUACCGUGUUCUGAACAGCUCCUCCAGAACGUCGAUGGAUCUGAGGGCCUCUAUGACACCCCUCUCUUGCUUAUCCAGGUGAGGAUCUGCCACGGAAAUUGAGCUCACCCUCUGCAUCCCACAUGCUAUGACACAGCAGUUAACCCAUGGCACACGGAAGCGAUCAGCCGAGGAAGUCAGGACCAAAUCAAAGAACCUAUUUUCGAUGUGGAUGGCCGUUCUGAUCAGUCAAGUUCCAUUUUUGUCGUCUCCGACACCGGCGGUAAAGCUGCGGUACAGAGAGAGAGUGAUGGAGGACAGAAAAGGCAGUGGAACGGAAGAAUGAACAGCCAAAGUCAAGUCUUGAUAAAAUAACAUAUCUGUAUUGUUGUGCAGGUGACAAGGCUUCGGUGCGGGGGUUUCGCCAUGGGUGUCCGGCUCAACCACAUCCUUUCAGACGCCGCGGGACUCCUCCAGCUGCUGAAGGCCACGGCGGAGCUCGCGAGGGGUGCCCCUCGCCCCACGUUGCUGCCCGUGUGGCAGCGCUACCUGCUCCAGGCCCGGGACCCCCCGCAGGUGUCCUACGCCCAUCGCGAGUACGACGAGGAGGAACCGGUCAAGUUCGAGGAUUCAGUGCUCCGGUCCUUCUUCCUCCGUCGGGAGGACCUCCGUGCCCUGAAGAGUCGGCUUCCGGGGGAUAUGCAGAAGAUCACUUCCUUUGACCUGCUCACCGCCUGCGUCUGGCGGUGCCGCAUCGCCGCCCUCCGCCUCGAUCCGGCACAACGAGUGCGGGCCAUGGCCAUCGUCACGGGGCGCGGCAGGUGUUCCGCCGUCGUCCCCCCGGGAUACUACGGGAACUCGUUUGCUCAUCCCGUCGCACUGUCCACCGCCGGCGAACUCUGCGGGAACCCGUUGGCCUACGCCGUCCAACUGAUAAGUAAGGCGAAAUCGGAGAUGACCACGGAGUACCUGCGGUCGACGGCCGAUCUGAUUGCGGUCAAGGGGUCGGCGACGUACACUUCGUCGAUAGGGUCAAUGAUCGUAUCGGAUCUGAGGCAGCUGGGCCUCAGGGAACUGAACUUCGGGUGGGGCGACGCUGUUCUCAGUACCCCGAUGCACGCCGAUGAGGUUGCCCACUUCUAUUUUCAUUACACCAACACCAAAGGCGAGGAGGGAGUAGUCGUGAUGCUUCGGCUCCCGGCGCCCGCAAUGGAAAGAUUUGCCGAAGAGAUGGGAACCAUGAUGAAGGAUUGCUGA